AAAUCGGUUGCGCAAAUUUGCAUUUGCUUACAUAACUUGCGCAUGCAUAAUUUAUAAGCAACGCUAUAAUUUAUAUCGCACACGAUUGACAACACUCAUCAUUUAUCACAUGUGAGGCAAGAUGGCGGACGACCCAACGAGUGACUUUCCUGUACAAGGCAUUCUCCCCAAGCGGGAAACCGGCGCGGAAAGGUUUUUAACUAUGUUUCCAAACUACGAUGGUCGAGACGUUCUCAUAGCAAUUUUUGAUACCGGUGUAGAUCCGGGGGCGCCAGGACUAACGGUUUGUAAACUUUCGUUUUGCUUUCUCAUUUGAAUCAGGUGCUAAUAUUGCUGCAUAAUGUUGGGCAGUAUCUGCCAAUAUAUUAAAAAAUAUCAGAAAAUGACUGCAAUUCAGGCUUUUAAACAUACAGUUCUUGCUAUUUACAUGCUGGGAACGGGAAAAUAUAUUUGUAUAUAAAGGUUUAUAUAUUAAAUGUUUCAGACUGUCGUGAUACCGUUACACCUCCAACAGGUGUCAGAUGCUAAUUAUUUAUUCAUUGCAUUUACCCUCCAUAAAAAUCACGCGCAAUAUAUUGCAUGUUUCAGGAAUGUUUCUUUUUCCAGCCUCAGGUAAACCUUGUUAAUUGUGUUCAUAGUUUGUAUAAAUUUGGACUUUGAAAGUUAAUUUAAAGACAUGUUACAGUUACUAACUUGUUAACAGACAACCAUUGGACCUGCCUGAAAUUGCAGGUACUAGCUAGCUUUAUUAAAAGUGCUUCAGACUUAAUAGGUGUGAAAAAAUUUUGCUAUAAUUUAAUUUGUUUACUUGGAUACUAUAUAUUUUAUGACCAUAUGUUUCCAUUAAUCCUAGGCAAACUAAGAAGGAUUGUUCUCUGACACACCCUUGGAAAGUUUGAUGUGAAAACAACUUUUGCUUACCAGCAAUCAAAAUCAUUCUAUAAUCCUAACAAUUUCAGAAACAUACUUAGUUUCCUAAGUGUGAUGUGAUUUUAGUUGUCGAAACAAUGUUUCGAAUCCUGGUCUGUUCUCCUUUAUGAUACAUGUUCUGAAAACAAUGUUUCUCCAACAGGGGAAUUACAGUACUAGAAAUACAUGUAUGCAACAACCCCUCGCCUAUUUUUUCCAAACAUUUAUUUAACACGAAGUAUUUGUAAUUGGCCAACAAUGAACGCAGGCUUGUGUUGUGGCGUCAUGUGUUGCCAUGACAACACAAUAUUUUUAAAUACUUUUUGUACAAAACGGCAAAAUAGUUGAAAGAUUAGUACUUUUAACUAUACAACAAUUAAUUUCCCAAAAAUAAACUGUAGGUAUGUCAUUUUGUAAAUGCUUCGUAAAAUGUUUUGAAAUGUUCAUUCAAGUUUUUAUAAAAAAACUACUUUUGCUGAUAAACUGUUUCUACUUAUUUAAUAAAUUCUUGAGUAAUUUCAGUUCGGUCUUCAUGGGAAUUACUGUAAUUUGCUCUCCUUUACAUUUUAAGUUUUUCCUUAAAUUAAACAGGUAAUUUAGAAAAUUUACAUUACUAUAUUUUACAAUUUUCCAUAGUAAAUCAAUUAUUUUCAUUUCUUCAAACAAAAAUUGCUUCAAAGUUCAUUGUAUGAAACGUUUUUCCAAAUAUAUGGUUUUGAAAAUUGAAAUUGUGCUUAUCCCACUCCUGGCAAACAGCCAUAUUUUUUAGUUCAGUGAGUACCCUCACCCUGGGCUCAGGCCUGGAACGGCGCUCCUUGCCAUUGGUUCAGGGACAAGGCUUAUUUCUGUAACUGGGUCAUCCCAGAAAAUAUCCAUACCUCCAUGAUCAGAGGAUGAUUUCUUUCCCCCCACUCUGUAGGCCAGGGGGAGUAUGGAUCCUUUCUCAUGGAAUGGCCCAUUGAGAUUUUGGGUUAUUUUCUGCAUCUUGUUUCCCAAGUAUGAUUUUUGUUGCAGAAACAAUGUUUUUGCUUUGCCCUGGGUCCUUGGGAUACCUUGUCUGGAAACAAUGUUUCCUUAUCAAUGUUCCAGGGUGCAUUCCAUUUGUAACUCUAUGCCAGAACUAUGCCAACAUUUGCCCUUGAUACACAAUGUUUCAAAAAGGUUUAAAUGUCAAAAUAGACAAUCCUGUUAUUCCUGUGUGCUUUUAAGACAGACUGUAAAAUUUUGUAACCUUACCAGAGAUCUACACGGAAUGCACCAAUGUUUCCUGUUUUUAUUUUUGCAAAAUUGAAGUCUUAAAGUUGCAGUUUUGUUAAAUUUGACAAUUAGUAAAACAGACCUUGCAAAAAAACUUAUUCAUAGAAAGAUUUACAAACAAUAUAGUUUCAGCAAUUAAUUUCUUUGAUAAAUGUAGCAAACACUUAAUUAAACUAUUAGAAUGCAACAAAAUGCAAAAUUCUUUUUACCAUUGAAAAUAUCAAUUCUGUGUGAAAAUAACUAUCAGGAUUUUGGGCAUCUCACUUGGUAGAAGCUGAGCGGAAUUAGUACCCUUGCCCCCGGAGGUAGGAACUGUGAUCAUGCCGAGACUUUAAUAACAUUGAUAUAACAAUAUAUAGCAAACGUUACGAUAUAGCAAACGUUAAUGUAAAUGUUUCAAUUAGUUAGCCAAUCAGAACGAGGCUAGCUACAGUAUGUGAUUGGCUGAUACUGUAAGACUAAAACCUGUUAAAUAUAGUAAAGUGUGCAUUCAAAAAAUACAUGAGUAAUUUGCAUAUUUCAUUUAAUUUGCACCUUUUCAAUUUAUGCUAGAGUUGCCCAUUUAAUCGAUUAAUUUUUCGUUUUUUUCCUCACAAAUAUUAUACUGGAUCGUCUACAUAUAACAAUCAUGCAGAGCAUGAUGCCAGAAUGCGACAAUGAUUAUCUUUCUGGAAUUACUGCCAUUUGCAAUCAAACACCCUGAGCACCGUUUUGUCUCAAGCGUUUAUUAUCUAAUUCUAAAUUUAGAUCUUUACCGGGGUUCCAAACUCAUGCACGUGACAAAAUGCUUGUGUUUGUUUGAUUGGUCUAUUUGCUCAUUAAUUAUUAAUGAGUUUGAGAAAUAUAUGCACUUGAAAAACGUCUAAAUCAUAGACAUAGCAUAGGCAGCACAGCGGCUAAGCGUGUUGAAUAUUUGACUAAAAUAUUCACAUUUUUAAUAAAAACUAUGCCUGCCUUGUUAACUAUGGCGAAAAAUAUUAUUGAAAAUAGUCCGAAUAACAAUGCAAUUCUGUAGUUUGGUUGUCUGCUACGAGCGACGUAGUACUAGUACUUCAUAUGAGAAUACCCGGAAUACUCAAUCUCGUUGGCUGUCAUGCAUUGACCGACAUUUUUUUUAACUAAACCUUGUCAUUGUCUUGUCAGACAGUUGUCUACUUCUGUGAAUUCUGCGUGCGCGAGGAAAUCAUGCACAAUCUAUAACCUUGCGACAACAAGAAAGGCACGUGUUAAAUUAUAUUAGUUAAUCAAUAUGUGAUUAAUCAACAUUAAUCGAUUGCUUUAUUUAUACUGCAUAGCUCAAUUAUUUCUAAACUGUUCGCCCUUAAGGUCCAGCAAGGAUCAUCUCUAAUUCGUCCAGUGUUACUAUAAAAUUCUGAACGAUUCAAAUUUGAAAGAGUUAUUGAUGAGGAGGGAUUUUCUACAAACUAAUUAUGACUCCAGAAAUUCUCACACUGAUCUGCUGGCCCUUCCUAAGACGCGAAUUUCUUAAAAAAAGCUUUAAGUACAGUGGUGCUAAACUUUGGAAUAAUCUUCCGCGCGAAGCUAUCAAAGGAAGCGCAGUCAAUUUACUCUUUCAAAAACUUUGUAAACCAAUUUAAUUGUUAGAUAGAAACAACUAUAGAUCUAUAAUAUACCGGACCGGGUCACAUCAAUUUAAUUUCCUUUAUAUAAAUAUUUUUCUCGCUUUGUAAAUAUCUUUUUCUUGUGCUAGUGACGUACGCCCCUUGUGGAAAUCAACUAUUGCUGUUGACAAGGCCAGCGUCAUUAAAUAAAGUUUUACAUACAUACAUACAUAGCUUACAUACAUACAUACAUAGCCUACAUACAUACAUAGCCUACAUAGAGUACAGGAGGAAGCCACUGUACCCGGAGAACUAAACACAUGCGGCGUUUGAAAGCGCACAUUUUACAUGCGACUGAGACAAAAUUUGAUCAUGCAGAUAACUGCAGCAAUCGAAUCAUGGUCACAAAGUGAAAGCAAGAAAUGCCGGUUAUACCCAUGAUUGCCAUAAUAGACGUCUCCAAAACAGAAUAAGUUAUUUUCUUCAUGUCUGUGCAGACUUCACAAAACUGACUAUGUGAGUCACGCAGUCAUGCAGCCUUACUGGCAACUAUUAGCGCACUAUUGAAUUAUUAUAUUAUAUGUAGGAAACCUCCGAUGGAAAACGUAAAGUUGUUGAUCUUAUUGACUGUACUGGUAGUGGAGAUAUUGACACUUCCACAGUUGUACAAUCUCAAGAUGGUUAUAUCACUGGACUCACAGGAAGAAAAUUAAAGGUAUUUCCAUUAUAUUUUGAUAAGUACAGAAUAGAUGCAAAAUAUACCCACUGCAUUAUAUAUAUAAGGCCCGUUUUAUACGUCGAAUUUUGGUCGCGUCGAAUGCAAUUAAGAUAAUAGAUAAUGAGAUGAUAAACCUCAUGCAUUAAGCUUCAUUAUCUAUUGUUUGAAUUGCAUUCGACGCGACCGAAAUUCGACGCAUAAAAUAUAUGAGGGUAUGGAAUAAGAUUAUCAAGGUAACAGAAUUGAUUGUUUUCAAAAUCCAUCUUAUGAAUUUUUCUGAAAAUUUAAUAUGCUGUUGAGCUUGUUUUAUGUUGGAUCAAAUUACAAAUUUGAAAAAGAUUCACCUAAACAAACCCCUAAAAUUUUCAUUUCUCGUGCGGUCGGCGUUGACGUGACGAAAUAUCGAUUCAACAUGAUCAAUAAUUGUGCACGAGACGCACGCGUGCUUAUUAGACUCGCACGUCGCUGACGUUGAGAUCUGGUUACCAGUCUUCUUAUAAAAUAAGUGUAAGGAGCCACCCUAAAGAACUUAUAGUAUAGAGAGAACGGGAAGCUAGAAAUACCCUCUAGCUUCCCGUUCUCUCGUGCCCGCGAAUACCGCCUGCUACGCAGGCUACCAAUGAAUAGACGAGGAAGAUUUCCUUGAAAAGUACCUGCUCGUGUGUACGAUGAACAAGUUUUCGUCGAUCAAUUUUUCCUUGACAAGUUUUACGAGCCCGCGCUAUUUAAGUACGUAAACAAUUUCAUGAUAAAUUUUAUUCAAAGCGGCUUCCAACAAACUUGAAGACAAUUAGACAACAGCUGAAACUGUCUACCAUGCAUACUGCACUUCAAAAGCGAAUUUUAAAAUAAACGAGAUUUAAUGCAUGGCCGGUCGAAGGUAAGUAGUCCAGAGUCCUUGACGACCACACACACGAAAAAAAUUCUUGUUGGAAAGGUGGCAUGACCAGUUUUUGAACGAAGCUCCUUGUGAAGGGAAAACAUUUAAUGAGGGUGGUGAUGGGGUAUAUUGUGAGUCGUGAUUCACUCAAUUUCGGUUACCGUCAGUCGUGAAAACACUAAAAAUUUAGCGUGAAUCAUGAGGAAAAAAGUAGUGUUUAUCGUUUCAGAAUACUUUUCAAGAUUUACCGUUAAAAUACCAAGAUGUUACGCUAUUGUUACCGUUAAUGAAGUUGAAUAUGUUGGAAAAGAGACAGAUAGUUAAAAUCGAACAACUGGCAACUAAGCAAGACAACAAUAACUUGGAACACAUUUUUGUGGCAUAUAUUUUGGGCAGAGAAGUGCUCGAAAACAGUUCCGGCCGAACUGUCUAGAGGCUCUCGCUAACCUAAGUUUUAUCUAGAGAAACAGGCGAAUCUCUAGACUGCAGAGGGCAUGCUUGACUCUGUGCAUGUCGUUCAGCGAGUUGAGACCUAGUUGGACUGGUGAACAACUAUUGGUAUAGGGCACAUUACCCAGGGUACUCAAAGCUGGCUGAGGAUACACGCAAAAACUGUAGGUUGUUCUAGAGGAACAGGCGGACCUCUAGAUAACAGGGGAACAGGCGAACCCCGUUCAGAUCCGUCAGGCCGUCGACAUUGAGACCUAGUUGGACUGGUGAACAACUAUUGGUAUAGGGCACAUUACCCCGGGCCGCAACUGAUAACCUGACUGACCACAUCGAGUCUCUAGGACUGCUCAUUCAGGUCUUCAGUGCGACCUGAAUGAGCAGUGAUUGCGCUUCACGUGGUGAAGUGUUGUUCAUCGGACAGCACUUCCCUGCCAAUAAUUAAAUAUUAAUUGCAUUUUUUUUUUUUUACACAAGUGGGUUACAAAUCUAUGAGUAACAUGUCUAACUAUAUACAGGAAUGUCCAUUUUUACUAGUUAACAGUCCUUACAACACGCCAUUGUAGAGACGCAGAUUGGUGUACAUGAUUAUUGGGAGGUGGGUGGGUUUUUUUCUCCAAAUUUUCACUUCUUUGCCAAGGUUUUUAUCCCUUUAAUUAUAAACUAAAAAUUUUGCCAGAGAUGUUAACGCACUGGCUAAAGUCUUGAGAAUGAACAAAGCACGUCGAAACUGCGAUCAAAAGUCCUUGCGCAAAAAGGGGGGCAUUGUAUGUAUGCACGUGAAGGAAAACCUUCAAGAUAACUUCUGAUUGGUUAAUCUCAAGUUUGCAUCAGUUGUUCACAUGCUUAGUAGCCAAAGUUCGAUUUUUAUCUGAUAUUUUGUAAUAUUAACAGGACUAGAAAACGGUUCCCUUGUUCUGCCAAGGUACUUGGACCUUGUACGCGUACCUUGCACGGAUUGAUUUUGUGGCGCAGAUGUGUUGGCAGACAGAAAACACCCUCGGGCAAAUGGAGUCUUCUAGAACAUAUUACUCCAUUAACCGCAAUUUAUAGCUUUGCUUAAAUUGAUUAUUUAAAAUACAAAAAUUUUUACUGUUUACUGAUUUUCAGACCCCCCAUCUAGACCCUCUUUAAUUUUUUGCCGUACAUACGAACAACUAAAAGUUAUCAGGGAAAACCUGUGAAGGAAAACUUGCUCGUUUGUAUGGGAUAUAAUGCACUGCAGUCCAUGAAAUGAUUUUCGCCACAUGGCAUGUCCCAAAAAUAUAUAUUCCAUAUUCCAAGUUUGAGCAUUAUAUAUACACUUUUUUAGGUUCCUGCAGACUGGACAAAUUCAUCAAAUGAUUAUCACAUUGGAAUAAAAAGUGCUUUUAGUCUUUUUCCAAAAUUGCUAAAAGAAAGAAUAAAGGUUUGAUUUGUUUCCAUUCCACUCUUUAACGUAUAGGCUAUAGUCGGCAACAUCUUCACUGUAAAAGCAUUAUUAGUUUACAUCGUCAAUAUUUCAUUGAUGUGUAAAAGCAUUAUUACAUCGUCAAUAUUUCAUUGAUGUGUAGAAACAUUACAUCGUCAAUAUUUCGUUGAUGUGCAUGUAAAACCAUUAUUACAUCGUCGAUAUUUCAUUGAUGUGUAAAACCAUUAUUACAUCGUCAAUAUUUCAUUGAUGUGUAAAAGCAUUAUUACAUCGUCAAUAUUUCAUUGAUGUGUAGAAACAUUACAUCGUCAAUAUUUCGUUGAUGUGUAGAAACAUUAUUACAUCGUCGAUAUUUCGUUAAUGUGUAGAAACAUUAUUACAUCGUCAAUAUUUCGUUGAUGUGUAGAAACAUUAUUACAUCGUCGAUAUUUCGUUGAUGUGUAGAAACAUUAUUACAUCGUCAAUAUUUCGUUAAUGUGUAGAAACAAGAGAAAGAAGAGCAAUGGGAUCCAGAUCAUCGCAAGCUAACUGCCAAAGUUGUGAAGAAAGUUCCUACUGACGUUCCACAAACUCAUGAAGAGAAGG